AUGUCCUCCUUGGACCGAGUAAAGAAUGGCCCUCGAGGUUGUUUCACAGCAAUAAUGGAAGGUCAACGAUCCAUAGAUGAUAAUUCUAAUGCACGAGCACAAGCACAAUCACAAACUGAAAGCAAUAAUAUAACUCAAUCAUCUCCGAUGCCAAAUAACCAAGGCCCAUCCAUUUCACCCAUAGAAGAAGAACAAACACAAAUCGAUGAUAGAAAUGUUGGUACAAAUUGUAGAAAGCGAAAACUUACUUCAGUUGUAUGGAAUCACUUUGAGAAGGUGAAUGUUAAUGGUGAGGAUAAGGUAGAGUGUCGUGAUUGCAAGAAAAAAUUAGGAGCAAAUAGUAAGAAUGGGACACGACACUUGCAUGAUCAUUUCAAGAGUUGUCCAUGGUGA